AAUUUUUCUUUAUACGUAUGCAUUAUUGAUUCAUUAUGAAGAAUCGAUAUUCGAUCAGUGUUAAGUCGCUCUAGCAAAGGCGCCGCCAAGGCAGACGACUCAAUUGGACGAAGAACAAAUUGCAAUGCUACGGCGGGCUUUCAGUAUGUUCGAUUCCAGCAAACAAGGCAAAAUCGAGAAGGAGAAAGUACGUACAAUACUCAAUACGAUGGUGCAUAACUACGAUGAUAAUGAUUUGGAUAAGAUGCUGGAUGCAGAAGAUGUUGAUGGAUCAGGCAAGCUGAAUUUCGACUCAUUUGUCCGAGUUGCGACCCACUUCUUGGAUGAAGACGACGAAGCACUACAAAAGGAGCUUAAAGAAGCUUUCAGAUUAUAUGACAAAGAAGGUAAUGGAUAUAUUCCUACAUCAAGUCUCCGCGAGAUCCUUGCAGCGUUGGACGAUCAGUUGACGUCAGACCAACUCAAUGAAAUGAUAGCAGAAAUCGAUACAGACUCAUCAGGCACCGUGGACUUUGAUGAAUUCAUGGAAAUGAUGACUGGUGACUAAGACGAGCGACAAAAAUAUAAAAAAAAAACAUAUGAUAUAUCUAUCUAAUAAUCUACUGUAUUGUUACAAUAAAAUUUUUGUUCAUUA